CAGAUAUUCACCUCCUCCACGCCAAGAUUUGAUCAAGUAUAACCUCACUCACGAGUCCUAUGCCAUAGCCGCCCCCCUCCCCCCAACCCCAUUCGAUUCUCCCCCCAGAUCCACCCCAAAAUGUCCUCAGAACCAGUCCUCCGCAUAACCAGCUCCAUCCAAAUCAACGCCCCCCUCGACGCCGUCUGGGCCGCGCUGACUGACACCUCCACCUGGUGCAACUGGAAUCGCUUCGUGCCCGGCGUGACGAUCCGCGAGCAGCCCACCACUACAGAUAACUAUACUGAAACACCUGCUGCUACAACCACCCCUACCAUCAUCCAAAACGAAACCCUCAGAAAGAACACCCGCCUAACCUUCCACGUCAACAUGCACCCUUCCACCACAACCUCCGCCACCGAAUCCCUCCAAAAAGUUGAUAAUCAUGUUGGUUUGGUUGUCACGGAGUGCAUUCCCCCUUCUCCUUCUCCCCCUUCUUCCGCUGCUUCCGCUGCACCCUCCUCCUCCUCCAACUCAGUAGCAGAAUCAACUCCAACCCCCCGUACAGCAAGAAUCACCUGGGCAAACGACCCAAGCUUCCAGGGACGGGUGAUGGCGUCGCUGCUUUCGGCGGAGAGGACACAUGAGCUUGUGGAGAGGGUGGAAGUGGUUUCAACACACCCGGAAGGGGAACAGCGGAGGGUGGUGACGGAGGUGACGAAUUGGGAGGUGCAGGGCGGGGUGUUGGCGUAUGUGGUGAAGUGGAUGUUUGGGGGGAGGUUGGAGGAGAAUUUUGGGAUUUGGGUGAAGGAUCUAAGGGAUUUUGUUGAACAAGCGGGAGGAGAGGGUAGAGGGGGCAGUGGUUGAUGGGUGAUUGUUGUUAGGGAGGUAGGUAGGUAUUUAGAACGAAGAGGGGAAUACUGUGUAUACUACAUAUCUGGUAGGUGAAAGGUUGGGGAUGUUUGAUUUGUGGGUAAGUACAGUAUGUACUGUAUGUAUAUGGCCCUCACGUGUAUGUGGUUGUGUGAACGUAGAUUUUUGUUAGCAUUUAGCAAUUAGCAGUACUGUGGUAGGAGGUGUACUACUAGUAGUAUAUGUGGAAAGGUCAAGCA